CCCCGCCCCGGCCCGCCCCGCUCCCCGGGGCGGCCAAUGCGCGGCCGGGGGAGGCAGAGCCGGGAGCGGCCCGGGGGAAAGCAUCAAGCCCAACUUUCUCACCUUGAAGGGAAUAAAGCUCUCCCGAUGCUUCCCCGCCCGCCGCCCUCCUCGCCGGCCCGGGCUGUUCCCGCGGAGGACGGAGCCGAGUAGGGGCUCGAUGCGCGGCCAUGGGGCGCGGGGCCGCCCUCGGUCGGAGCCUCCUGCGGGCGGCGAUGCUGCUCGCCCUCUGCCCCGGCGCCGCGGGCGGCACAUGGAUGUGGCUGGGCAUCGCGGCCGCCGGCGGGCCGGAGAAGCCAGGCUGCGCCAGCCCUCCGCUGAGCCCCGGGCAGCAGGAGCUGUGCAGGCAGAAGCCGGAGCUGGUGCCCGCCAUCCGGGAGGGAGCGCGUCUCGGCCUCCAGGAGUGCCGCAGCCAGUUCCGACACGAGCGCUGGGACUGCCGCCCGCCGCCCGCCGCCCCGCGCCGCCCGCCCGCCGCCUUCGGGCAGCAGCUGAACAGCGGCACGAAGGAGUCCGCGUUUGUGUAUGCAGUGACGGCAGCAGGGCUGGUGCAUGCUGUGACCCGCUCCUGCAGCGCAGGAAACGUGACUGAGUGCUCCUGUGACACCAAGCUGCAGGGCGGGGGCUCGGCCAGCGAGGGCUGGCACUGGGGCGGCUGCUCCGACGACAUCCACUAUGGGAUGUCCUUCAGCAGGAGCUUCCUGGAUGCGCCCAUCAGGAAUGCGUCAGGAAAAAGUGGCAACGGGCUGCUGGCGAUGAACCUGCACAACAACGAGGCUGGGAGGCAGGCUGUAGCAAAGCUGAUGUCAGUGGACUGCCGUUGUCACGGUGUUUCUGGGUCAUGCGCUGUGAAAACUUGCUGGAAAACCAUGUCCUCCUUUGAAAAGAUUGGCCGGUUUUUAAAGGAUAAGUAUGAAAACAGCAUACAGAUAUCAGACAAGCUGAAAAGAAAGUUACGCAGGAAAGAGAAGAGCCAGAGAAAAAUACCAAUCCAGAAAGAAGACCUGCUGUACGUGAACAAAUCGCCCAAUUACUGCGUCGAAGAUCAGAAACUGGGCAUCCCUGGGACUCAGGGCAGGGAAUGCAAUCGCACGUCGGAUGGACCCGAUGGCUGCAACCUGCUGUGCUGCGGGCGCGGGUACAACACGCACGUGGUCAGGCACGUGGAGAGGUGUGAGUGCAAGUUUAUCUGGUGCUGCUACGUGCGCUGCCGGCGGUGCGAGACCAUGACUGACGUACACACCUGCAAGUAGGGCUCAGCACAGAAACAGCCAAACCGCCCCACAGCGGGCUGUGCGCCAUGCAGACAGCAGUUACUGGAACAGGGACUAUGGGGGAUUCACCUCCAGGGCAUCGCCAAACAGGGCAUACUCCAAACAGUUGGUGUUUGAAAGUCACGAGUGGAGAGCAGCCUGCACACAGGGACAGCCACAGCAACAGACUCCCAGUGGCACAUU